AUGUCUCUGACAUGCGUAAACAUGUCCGAGGAUGUGUGGUUGACUUGCCUGACUCACGCAUUGUCCACAGAGACGGAAGAAAUCAUGGGACUCCUCCUCGGCGACAUCGAGUACUCGAAAAACGGAAGUGCGACAGCUGUGAUAUGGGGAGCAUCGCCUCAGUCACGAAUGACCAUAUCAACGGGCAGAACAACAAGGGUGAUAGGAUGGUACCACUCCCAUCCUCAUAUCACUGUACUUCCUUCCCAUGUUGAUGUUCGGACACAAGCAAUGUAUCAGCUUUUGGAUACUGGCUUCAUUGGCCUCAUCUUUUCUUGUUUCAGUGAAGAUGCAAGCAAGGUUGGAAGAAUCCAAGUUAUCGCGUUCCAGUCCUCUGAUGGAAAGCCCAAUACUCCUCCUAAACCAUUGAGCCUGCGACUUGCAAAUAAAGAUUCUGUCGUCGAUUUAGAAUCCUCAUUAAGUUCUUCAGACUCGAUAUUCCAGACUCUUCUGCUCGUGGAGACAAUUUUGUCCAAGACACUGCUACAAGGUGGAGGACGAGUUUCAGAUUUUGGGGAUUUCUUUGUUAACAAUGCUGACGCCAACACCAUGACGACCGGGAGAGAUAGGACAAGUGAAGGCAAUCUCAGCAGCUCAGUUGUGGAGAUUGAUCCAAUGGACAUGUCUGAAAGCAUGCAAGAGGCUAUGCUCCGUUCAAAUUUGGAAACCAGCGGUGAUGGAUAUGUUAGAAAAGAAGUCCCUCUCCAUGUUUUGCCGACUUCAUCCCUUGUUCAGCUCAAUUCACCUUUAGCAUCUUUUAAGGAUCUGCAACGAGUUCUCUACGAGGAGGAACGAGCAGCGUACCACCACUCUCUCCUGCAAAGCACCAGAGCCGGGAAAGUACAUCCCCUUGCCUUCAUUCACAACACAUCGUCAUAUCAGGCUUCAAUGUGCAAGCUGAUUGAAUACUGCUUGAGUCCCGCCAUUAACGCACUUCAAGAUAGGGUAAGGGAAAACAAGAUCCGGUUAGCAAUGCUGAUGGAUGAAGCCGACGCUCUGGACGCUCAGAAACUUAAAGGAGCAGAGACGAGCGGAGCACCAUCUCGUCUGGUUCACGGCUCUGGCAGCCGAAGCAGAAGAGGAUCCUCCUAG